AUGUCUGAAGUAUCUCUUGAUUCCCAAGAAUCAACCUUUUCAAAUUACAACGUACCAAAAUAUCCACAGGAUAAUAAAUUUUCAAACUAUAUUAAAUUUUGGAAAAUUCUUCCUCAAGAUCUGCGAGAUGCCGGCCCGUCCAAUGAUAGGAAUCAACAAUUCUCCCUGGAUUUUUCCGAUAAUUUGUCCCAAACUUCUCCAGCUUCUCGAUCAAUUUUGGAAAAGGAUAAACAAUUUUUCUGUUCUUCUUGCGAAAAAUGGUUCAAAUCUUUAAGAGGUCUUAAUAUUCAUAAAUCCAAAUCCCAUUCUUUUCAAAAGCAGAGACAAGUCAACGAUAACAUUUCUUCUGCUAAUUCUCAACAAAAAUCAUCAUUGAAAAAUAAAUCAGUAGAAAUUCAAUGCAAUUUUUGCAACAAACGCUUCAAAACACAAAAAGGGAUAAAUCAACAUGUUACUAUAAAACACGUAAAUGCCUCCACUAAUAAUACUAAUGAACAUAAUAUUUUGGAUUCAUUUUCAAUAAAUUCUCUACUCACCAAAUUGAAAUCAUCAACAUCGGUUAUCAAAAGAAUUCCGAAAGGAGCACGAACUUGUAUAUCUGAAGAAUUGGCCUCAGUUCUGAAUACCUGUGUCAAGGAGAAUAGCCUAAAAUCUUGGUUCCAUUUGCUUAUUUUUUCAUACAUAGUUCUCAAGGUUCCAGAUAAGUGUACUGCUAACAGGAAUAAAUCACUCACUUCUUUAGUCAAAGAUAAUUUAGCAAUUUGGCAAAAUCUGACAACUUUGCCUUUAGACCAACUUAAUGACUAUUUAAGAAGAAAUAACAAACCACCACAAAUAAAGAAAGUAAACCAUCCUCAAAAAGACAAUCAACUAUCGAAGAAAAUUGAAGGAAAAAUGGCAGAAGGGGACAUUAAAGGAGCGAUUCGUUGUGGCUGGGACGUUUUUUGGGCGCAAAGAAUAAAAAUGAGCAAGAAACACAUCACCGCGGAGCAAAAAAGCAACUUGGUGGAUUUUCUGAAAGACCAUCCGCAAAUGUACAGGGGCAAAUUUACGCCUACUUAUACACAUGCCCACUCCAAAGCAUUAUGGACUGAAUUGGGAAAUGAGUUAAAUGCCCUUCCCAAUGGGGCCAAUAAAGAUUGGAUACACUGGAGAAAACUGGAUCAUGGAAUGGAGACAGAUGUAGAAACUGAAGUAAAAUUACAAUCUGAUGAUGUGACAGCUGUUGAGCCUGAACUUUUGGUUGGUGUUGCUCAGGCGAAAACUUCAUCUAUACCAACCACUCCCAGUACUGUUCAGACUAGAGCUGCAGCAGGUCCAAGUACCUCUGGUUCUGGAAAAAGGACCAACAAAACAAUGCGGCUGACAGAAUCCAUUAAAAACAAUAAAAGAUUCCUACAGGUCACUGAGGAGGGAAUGAAACAGACAAACAAUUAUCAGGAAGAGAAGCUGAAAUUAUUGAAAUCCUACUAUGAACAAAAAAUUAAUAUUGAAAAUAAAAAGGUCAAAGUUUUAGGAGAUAUUUCAAACGGCAUUGAUAAUAUCUCGAAAUACAUAAAUGAAUUAAUUUGA